CGCCUAGGCGCGCAGGGCCAGGCAGCGGCGUCCCCUUGGCCUCGCACCCGCCGCUCUCGGGCGGCGGCCGGCCCCGGCGAAGGUCAAGAUGGAAGAGAUCCUGAGGAAGCUGCAGAAGGAGGCGUCCGGGAGCAAGUACAAAGCCAUCAAGGAGAGCUGCACCUGGGCCCUGGAAACCCUGGGUGGUGUGGAUACCAUUGUCAAGAUCCCUCCACACUUGCUGAGGGAGAAAUGCCUGCUGCCUCUCCAGUUGGCUUUGGAGUCCAAAAAUGUGAAACUGGCCCAACACGCGUUGGCAGGGAUGCAGAAGCUGCUGUCAGAAGAGAGGUUCGUAUCCAUGGAAACGAACUCUGAUGAGAAGCAGCUGCUAAAUCAGAUACUGAAUGCUGUGAAAGUGACGCCUUCCCUCAACGAGGACCUGCAGGUGGAAGUGAUGAAGGUUUUACUCUGCAUCACCUACACGCCCACCUUUGACCUGAACGGGAGCGCAGUGCUGAAGAUCGCGGAGGUGUGCGUUGAGACUUACGUUGGUAGCUGUCACCAGCGCAGUAUAAACACUGCCGUGCGGGCAACUCUCAGUCAAAUGCUGAGUGACUUGACCUUACAGUUACGGCAAAGGCAGGAGAACACGAUAAUUGAAAACCCGGAUGUCCCACAGGAAUUCAGGAAUCAAGGGUUGACAGUCGAGGCCCUCUGUGAUGACCUUGUGUCAGUGCUCUCUGUUCUGUGUGAGAAGCUACAAGCCUCCAUCAGUGACAAUCAGCAGCUGCAGCUCCUGUUCCUGGAGUGCAUCCUGUCCAUCCUCAGCAGCUGCUCCUCCUCCAUGCAGAUGCACAGAGGCUUCACAGACCUGAUCUGGAAAAACCUUUGCCCUGCUCUCAUCGUGAUCCUGGGGAACCCAAUUCAUGACAAAACCAUCACCUCUGCUCACAGCAGCAGCGCGAGCGCCAGCCUGGAGGCUGACUCGGCCCCCCCGGGGGUCUCCUACCACGGCCGGGGCUCAGGUUGCUCCUCCACCGCACCCGCCCUGAGCGGGCCCGUGGCUCGCACCAUCUACUACAUGGCGGCGGAGCUGGUGCGGCUGGUGGGCUCGGUGGACUCCAUGAAGCCGGUGCUGCAGUCCCUCUAUCACCGCGUGCUGCUCUACCCACCGCCGCAGCACCGGGUGGAAGCCAUCAAAAUAAUGAAGGAGCUACUUGGGAGCCCACAGCGUCUCUGUGAUUUGGCAGGACCCAGCUCCACUGAAUCAGAAUCCAGGAAAAGAUCAAUUUCAAAAAGAAAGUCUCAUCUGGAUCUUCUCAAACUCAUCAUGGAUGGCAUGACAGAAGCGUGCAUCAAGGGUGGCAUCGAAGCAUGCUACGCCACCGUGUCCUGCAUCUGCACCCUGCUCGGGGCCCUAGAUGAGCUGAGCCGGGGCAAGGGCUUGAGCGAAGGCCAGGUCCAGCUGCUGCUGCUGCGCCUCGAGGAGCUCAAGGACGGAGCAGAGUCCAGCCGGGACUCCAUGGAGAUCAACGAGGCUGACUUCCGCUGGCAGCGGCGAGUCCUGUCCUCGGAGCACACCCCGUGGGAGGCGGGGAAUGAGCGCAGCCCCGACAUCAGCAUCAGUGUGACCACGGACACAGGCCAGACGACUUUGGAGGGUGAGCUGGGUCAGACGACCCCUGAAGACCAUGCUGAAAACCACAAGAACGGCCUCAAGUCGCCAGCCAUUCCGGAGGGCAAGGAGCCUCAGAGCAAAGUGUUGGAGCCAGAGGCUGUCGACCAACCAGAUGUCGUCCAAAGGAGCCACAUGGUCGCCUACCCGGACAUAACCAACUUCCUGUCUGUGGACUGCAGGAUGAGGUCCUACGGCUCGAGGUACAGUGAGAGCAACUUCAGCGUGGAUGACCAAGACCUCUCCAGGACAGAAUUCGAUUCCUGUGACCAGUACUCAAUGGCUGCAGAGAAGGACUCGGGCAGGUCUGACGUGUCAGACAUCGGGUCGGACAACUGUUCACUGGCUGAUGAAGAGCAGACCCCCCGGGAUUGCCUGGGCCACCGCUCCCUGAGGACGGCUGCUCUGUCUCUGAAACUGCUGAAGAACCAAGAGGCUGAUCAGCACAGUGCGCGGCUGUUUGUGCAGUCCCUGGAGAGCCUCCUCCCCCGCCUCCUGGCCCUGCCCAGCGUGCAGGAGGUAGACUCGGCCCUACAGAACUUUGCCUCUACUUUUUGCUCAGGCAUGAUGCACUCUCCGGGCUUCGAUGGCAACAACAGCCUCAGCCUGCAGAUGCUGAUGAACGCAGACGGCCUGUACACUGCGGCGCACUGCGCCCUGCUCCUCAACUUGAAGCUGUCCCAUGGCGACUACUACAGGAAGCGGCCCGCCCUGGCACCAGGCACGAUGAAAGAGUUCAUGAAGCAGAUCCAGAGCAGCGGCGUGCUGAUGGUCUUCUCCCAGGCCUGGAUCGAGGAGCUGUACCAUCAGGUGCUGGAUAGGAACAUGCUCGGAGAAGCCGGCUACUGGGGCAGCCCAGAGGACAACAGCCUUCCCCUCAUCACUAUGCUGACCGAUAUUGAUGGCCUGGAGAGCAGUGCCAUUGGGGGCCAGCUAAUGGCCUCAGCCUCCACGGAGUCUCCUUUCACCCAGGGCAGGAGGAUUGAUGAUGCCACAGUGGCAGGUGUGGCAUUCGCUCGCUAUAUCCUGGUUGGCUGCUGGAAGAACUUGAUUGACACUCUAUCAACGCCCCUGACGGGCCGAAUGGCAGGGAGCUCCAAAGGGCUGGCGUUCAUUCUGGGAGCUGAAGGCAUCAAAGAGCAGAACCAAAAGGAGCGCGACGCCAUCUGCAUGAGCCUGGAUGGACUGCGGAAGGCCGCCCGGCUGAGCUGUGCCCUGGGAGUUGCUGCUAACUGCGCCUCAGCCCUGGCCCAAAUGGCAGCCGCCUCCUGUGUCCAGGAAGAGAAAGAGGAAAAGGAGGUACAAGAGCCUGGUGAUGCCAUAGCACAAGUGAAACUAAAAGUGGAGCAGAAACUGGAGCAGAUCGGGAAGCUGCAGGGGUUGUGGCUGCACACUGCCCACGUCUUGUGCAUGGACGCCAUCCUCAGCGUGGGCUUGGAGAUGGGGAGCCACAACCCCGACUGCUGGCCGCAUGUGUUCAGGGUAUGUGAGUAUGUGGGCACACUGGAGCACACUCACUUCAGUGACGGCUCGGCUCAGCCCCCUCUGACCAUCAGCCGGCCCCAGAAGGCAUCUGGAGGAUCCGGGAUCCUGGGGGACCCCGAGUGUGAGGGUUCACCCCAGGAGCAGAUCCUGGAGCAGGAGAGCGCCCUGAACACAGCCCCCAUCAUCCAGCCCCUCUCCCUCCAAGAACUCGUCAGGGAAGGCAGCCGAGGCCGGGCCUCCGACUUCCGGGGUGGCAGCCUCAUGACUGGCAGCAGUGCGGCCAAGGCCGUGCUCACACUCUCCACCCAGGCUGACAGGCUCUUUGAAGAUGCCACUGAUAAGUUAAACCUAAUGGCUUUGGGAGGUUUUCUUUACCAGCUGAAGAAAGCGUCCCAGUCCCAGCUGUUCCACUCUGUUACGGAUACAGUUGAUUACUCUCUGGCAAUGCCAGGAGAAAUUAAAUCCACCCAAGACCGCAAAAGUGCCCUCCACCUGUUCCGUCUGGGGGACGCCAUGCUGAGGAUCGUGCGGAGCAAAGCGCGGCCCCUGCUCCACGUGCUGCGUUGCUGGAGCCUGGUGGCCCCGCACCUGGUGGAGGCUGCCUGCCACAAGGAAAGACAUGUAUCUCAGAAGGCUGUUUCUUUCAUCCACGAUAUAUUGACAGAGGUUCUUACCGACUGGAAUGAGCCACCGCAUUUUCACUUUAACGAAGCACUGUUCCGGCCUUUUGAGCGGAUUAUGCAGCUGGAGUUGUGUGACGAGGAUGUUCAAGACCAGGUGGUCACGUCUAUCGGCGAGCUGGUGGAAGUGUGCUCCGCCCAAAUCCAGUCAGGGUGGAGGCCCUUGUUCAGUGCCUUGGAAACAGUGCACAGCGGGAACAAGUCUGAGGUGAAGGAGUACCUGGUUGGUGAUUACUCGCUGGGAAAAGGCCAAGCUCCAGUAUUUGAUGUAUUUGAAGCCUUCCUCAAUACUGACAACAUCCAGGUGUUUGCUAACGCGGCCACUAGUUACAUCAUGUGCCUUAUGAAGUUUGUCAAAGGACUAGGGGAGGUAGACUGUAAAGAGAUUGGAGACUGUGUCCCGGGACCUGGAGCCACGUCCCCAGACCUGUGCCUCCCUGCCCUGGACUACCUCAGGCGCUGCUCUCAGUUAUUGGCUAAAAUCUACAAAAUGCCCUUAAAGCCAAUAUUCCUUAGUGGAAGACUGGCUAGUUUGCCUCGAAGACUUCAGGAGCAGUCAGCCAGCAGUGAAGAUGGAAUUGAGUCGGUUCUGUCUGACUUUGAUGAUGACACAGGUCUGAUAGAAGUCUGGAUCAUCCUGCUGGAGCAGCUGACAGCUGCUGUGUCCAACUGUCCCCGUCAGCACCAACCGCCGACCUUAGACUUACUCUUUGAGCUACUGAGAGAUGUAACCAAAACACCUGGACCAGGAUUUGGCAUCUAUGCAGUUGUUCACCUUCUCCUUCCUGUGAUGUCCCUUUGGCUCCGUCGCAGCCAUAAAGACCAUUCUUACUGGGAUGUAGCUUCUGCCAACUUCAAGCACGCCAUUGGCCUGUCCUGUGAGCUGGUGGUGGAACACAUUCAAAGCUUCAUCCACUCAGACAUCAGGUAUGAGGGCCUGAUCAACACCAUGCUGAAGGACCUCUUCGAGUUACUGGUGGCUUGUGUGGCCAAGCCCACAGAAACCAUCUCCAGAGUGGGCUGCUCCUGCAUUAGAUACGUCCUGGUGACAGCAGGCCCUGUGUUCACGGAGGAAAUGUGGAGGCUGGCCUGCUGCGCGCUGCAGGAUGCCUUCUCUGCCACACUGAAGCCAGUGAAGGAUCUGCUGGGCUGCUUCCACAGCGGCACCGAGAGCUUCAGUGGAGAAGGCUGCCAGGUGAGGGUGGCAGCACCCUCCUCCUCCCCCAGUGCCGAGGCCGAAUACUGGCGCAUCCGAGCCAUGGCUCAGCAGGUGUUUAUGUUGGACACCCAGUGUUCACCAAAGACUCCAAACAACUUCGAUCAUGCUCAGUCCUGUCAGCUCAUUAUUGAGCUUCCUCCUGAUGAGAAGCCAAAUGGACACACCAAGAAAAGUGUUUCUUUCAGGGAAAUUGUGGUGAGCUUACUAUCUCAUCAGGUGUUACUCCAGAACUUAUAUGACAUCCUGUUAGAAGAGUUUGUCAAAGGGCCCUCUCCUGGAGAGGAGAAGACUGUCCAAGCGCCAGAAACCAAGCUGGCUGGCUUCCUCAGAUACAUCUCCAUGCAGAACCUGGCGGUCAUCUUUGACCUGCUGCUGGACUCGUACAGGACAGCCAGGGAGUUUGACACCAGCCCCGGCUUGAAGUGCUUGCUGAAGAAAGUGUCUGGCAUCGGGGGUGCCGCCAACCUCUACCGCCAGUCCGCCAUGAGCUUCAACAUUUAUUUCCACGCGCUGGUCUGUGCUGUCCUCACCAAUCAGGAGACCAUCACUGCCGAGCAGGUGAAGAAGGUCCUCUUUGAGGACGAUGAGAGAAGCACAGACUCGUCCCAGCAGUGUUCGUCAGAAGACGAAGACAUCUUUGAGGAGACGGCGCAGGUGAGUCCCCCUCGCGGCAAGGAGAAGCGGCAGUGGAGGGCUCGCAUGCCCUCUCUGAGCGUGCAGCCCAUCAGCAACGCAGACUGGGUGUGGCUGGUCAAGAGGCUGCACAAGCUGUGCAUGGAGCUCUGCAACAACUACAUCCAGAUGCACCUGGACCUGGAGAACAGCCUGGAGGAGGCGCCCAUCUUCAAGAGCGAUCCGUUCUUCAUCCUCCCCUCCUUCCAGUCGGAGUCCUCCACCCCGUCCACUGGCGGGUUCUCGGGCAAAGACACCCCCUCUGAAGAUGACCGAAGCCAAGCGCGGGACCACCUGGGCGAGUCUCUGAGCCUGAGGACUGGCAGCGGGGAGAUGCUGCCUCCCAGCCCCAAGGUGGAGAAGAAGGAGCCCGGCCGCAAGAAGGAGUGGUGGGAGAACGCGGGUAACAAGAUCUACACCAUGGCUGCCGACAAGACCAUUGCCAAGCUGAUGACGGAAUACAAGAAGAGGAAGCAGCAGCACAACCUGCCCGCCUUCCCCAAAGAGGGCAAAGUGGAGAAGAAGGGGGAGCCGCUGGGCCCCAGGGGCCAGCACUCCCCGCUGCCGCAGCGGCCCCAGCACCUGGUGGACCAGGCUCAGAUGCGGCACUCCUUCAGCGCCGGCCCCGAGCUGCUGCGGCAGGACAAGCGGCCUCGCUCGGGCUCCACCGGGAGCUCCCUGAGCGUCUCCGUGCGAGAUGCCGAAGCCCAGAUCCAGGCCUGGACCAACAUGGUGCUAACAGUUCUUAAUCAGAUUCAGAUCCUCCCUGACCAGACCUUCAUGGCCCUGCAGCCAGCAGUGUUCCCGUGCAUCAGCCAACUGACCUGUCACGUGACUGACAUCAGAGUGCGCCAGGCGGUGAGAGAGUGGCUGGGCAGAGUGGGCCGUGUCUAUGACAUCAUUGUGUAGAUGCCCCACACCAGGACGAAAUGCAGCACAAGGAAACAGCAGUGAGAGCAAGUGGUCCCCUGGUAGCCUUGUCACCACCACGGAAACCUGUGUCCCAGUCAGCUGCUCCCAAACUAAUCAGCCAUUGGCACAGACCUGGAUACCCAACUUGUAUCUAAUAACGCAGAUGCUACUCUGGUUUCACGCAUUAUUUCAAGAGUCCAGUACAUUCCUUAAAGUGUUUCUAAGUCUUGAAGUUUAAUUCCCAGUGCAUUUGCCUGCAGCAUUAGGGUCACUUUCAGCACAACUGCUAAAAAGAAAGACCCACUGUUAAAUGCAGCUGAUAGAUAAGCAUGCAGAAACCCAGUACCAGGUAUCAGUCGUUGGAGCAGAUUUAAAUUAUAAUUAUGGGUUUGGCGGGCAAGAAAAGCUAGAUAAAUAUAUUCUUCGGUGUCAUAAUCAAGAAAGGUAGGAAUUCCUCUGUAAAAUGCUUCACAACAUUUCAAAAGUAUUCUUAAAUUGUUGAGAUUUUUCUGGUUGGCACUUGCCAACUUCAUAUACGUCGUUAUGAACUUACUCUGUUCAUAACAAUGGUUAUGCCUCUGUUUCCCUACUUCUGAAGGAAGAAAAUUCUUUCCUGGCAUGGUUUUGAGUCUGCGGUGUGAUCGCCUUUGACACACUGUACCCAGUGAAUGUUCCAGAUACUGCAUGGGGGUGAGAGACUGAGCAGCCACUUGAGCUGACCCGCUGGUCUUUGCUUUUGCUCCCAAGGCCAAAAAGGAAAGAAAAUGGUGCCUUACUCCCUUGUUGCACAGACAUUUCUAUGGUCCACAGUUAACUAAACAUAGUAUUUGGUUUUUAAAAAGAAACAGAACAUUAAAAUGCAGCUCAUUUUAUAUCAGUACCCUUGGAGGAAAGGAACUCAGAUCUCCAUCCAGUGAGCAGUCUUCUCAGGGAAGGGGCAGGAGGUGUGGGGUAGGGAAAGCCGGAAGGGGUGGGAAAGGUAUUUCGAUGAAAUCAAUUUUAGUCUUAAGAUAUUUUACAACAUCACUAAAUUAUGGUAUCAGCUAUAAAAGCUCUCGUCUCAGAAGACUAAAGGAGGAGGCACAAAAUAAAGCAUAGGAAAUUAAUUUUUUUAACAGUUUAAAAUAUUUCUCCUUACUGGCAGGUGAAUUUACCCUACAUCUGUGGUCUCUUAUUUUAAGUGGAUUUUCCCCCAAAAGAUGACUAGAAAAUGAAUUCUGUUAUUUAUGGUAUUGUAAUAAAUAAAAUGAUUGAAAGUUUUCAGCCCUCACACAUACGUUGUAGAAAGUAGUUAGUUGAUAUGAUCUAUAUUAUAGUUUUUCCAGCCCCUAAGAUGUAUUCAUAACAAAAUGUGUCAUCUUUAAAAAAUAAAGCAUCAACUCAUCAAUAUUGAAUUAAGGACUUACAGCUGACAGUUUUAUUCAGUGCUGAUAUUUGUAAACAGUGUCUUGAGAAUUAUGUAAGUAUCCACAAGAGUGAGUGGAAAUUGUUUCUAAGCUGCCGUGGAAGGCAGAGUUGUGAUUUAUCGAGGCAAUCUUAACAGGACCUUAUCAUUCAGUAUGCCAUUUAGAAGUCACUACCACAGAGAGUCAGUUUCUCAAAACAUUCUCGCCUUCCAUUUUAACUCACUAAACAAUAUUAAAUAAUAAUUCAAGAUUAGAAACAGCUCAACUGUUCAAUGAGUUGUUUGGGGAUAACAAUGAACUGCAUUCUGUUCUCUGGAAUUUUAAACUUUGUCACUUUAACAAAAAGGCCACCAUGAUGGUUUUGCUUUUGUAACUUGAAUUUGAGGCACAGGACUCCUCAGGGGGCCUGUGGGAACAGUUGCAGUGAAGAAGAAUAUCAAAUCAGUAACUACAUUCUUUCUGUUCAUAGGUGUCCGCUCCUUUUUUUUUUUAAGUAUAAAAAUCCAGAGAUCAGUUUCAGAUGUAUGAAGAUCAUGUCCCAGCAGUUAGCUGUCUCGAAAUCAAAAUUCAUUCCAUUAUAGGACCCACGACUAGUUUUUUAAAACACCUUUAUUCCAAAUGGUCUAAACACUGCCCUAGAGCCAGCCUGAGGUCACUAUGUUGGGAGAAGGCUCACAGCUCUGUCCUUGUAACUGUGAGAGGGCUGGGUCCCUUUCUUCCCUCCCCC